AUGGCUUCAGCCAUGUCGGCCAUGGAGACGGCAGAUACGCAAAGCGAAGAUAUUCCCAGCGCACCGCUGGAUCUCAAGGCAUGCGAUCGGCCUGGAACUGGCAUGUCGCAUCGAGACAGCUUCGACAAGAUGGCGGGCAGUAGGCCAGGGACAGCAAUGUCACUAUCAGACCAAACUGGCAUGGGCGAAGAUAGCAUGGUGUCGUUCAUCCGCUCGUGCAUGACCAGCAUCUUGCAGCCGUUUGGGCAGACGGUGGAUGAGCUGCACAGGUACGUUGCAACCUUGUCCGAGAGCUUGAGCUCGCUGGGCGAAGACGCCGACCUGCACACCACCCAGCUGUCAGAGCACGCGGCCUUGAUCUCUGAGCUACGCGCAGAGCUGAACCGAACCUCAGACCAGGCGCAGCGCACGGAGCGCUUGUUGGGCACCGCCGUGGAGGAGAAGGCGCAGCUGGCGGAGGAGCUGCAGCUGCUGAAGCCCAAGCUCACGGAGAUUGAUGGGCGCGUGGCGGAAGUCCACGACAAUGUGCAGGAGAUGCAGCCCCGCUUGAAAGACGCACGCACUAAGCUUGCCAGGUGUGUGGAGUCCAAGUUUGAGACGGAUAGGGACAUCGCACAGCUCCGUUCUGCGCUAGAGCAAGUUAAAACGGAGAUGAACGAGUGGGAGAAGACCCACGAGGUGCUGGUCCAGUCUGUGAAUGGCGACAGGAUCAACUCGGAGACACGCUUCCAGGAGUUCCUCGGAUUCACGCGGGAGCAGCGAGAAGAGAAGAAGAAGGUGGAGGCGAACAGCGCCCAGUUGGCGGAGAGGCUGCGCAGCAUUGAGGAGAAAGCACACGACGUGGAGUUGCGGCUGCAGGACCACACGGAGAAGCAUCAGACCACCGGUGCGACGGCGCAACAGCUGCGGGAGAGGUCGGAGGCCCUGCAGAAGUCCCACGAAGAGUCGAAAGAAAGGCUCAAUAAGUGCAAUGUGGCCAUAACCGACUACCGGGUUCUGGCAGCGGAGAACAAAGAGAACAUCUCCAAGCUGAUGUCGAUCCUGUCAGGGCCUGAUGUGCUCAACAACUUGGAGACGGCCUUAACGGUGAUCAGCAAGAUCGUGGAGCAGAACAAGCUCUCCGUCAAGGACUUGGACGAGCGCACGGCAGCUCUCUUCGAGAGGGAGAACAAGGCGGCAACAAAGGCAGGGCAGCUGGAGGAUGUGCUCUCGAACUUGACGAGAAGGGCCGAGCGGGUGGAAAGCAUCCUCGGGUUGGAGCCCUUGAAGAAGGACGACGACGAGAUCACCGGCGGCGUUGUGUUCAAGGGCGGGAUUCUGCUGACUGAGGAGCAGAUCAGACACUUCAGGGAUAUAUUUGAUGAGUUCGACGCCGACAACUCGAACACAAUAUCUGUUGCGGAGCUGGAGGAUGUCAUGCAAAGAACUGGCCUAAAUCCUCCAAUGGACAUUGUCUAUGCGAUCCUCGAAGCCAUAGAUGUGGACAAGAGUGGGGAUAUUGACUUCGAUGAGUUCUGCGCCCUGCUCACCAAGAUGCUGGGCCCAGAUGGCAAGGUGGACGUCGAGCGGAUGCUGCAAAGCAUGUACGACAGCAUGUCCUAUGACGCCAAGACGCGCAAGGCGGUGGAAACAGUGAUCCACCAUACCACUGAAUUGAAGCAGCACAAGGAGCAGAUCUCCCAGGACACGGCGAAGAUCGAUGAUGCCGAAGUUCAGAUUGCGGGCUUGCACGCCAACAUCGGGUCCUUGGAGGCUGAAAUCAAAAGCUUAAGACGCCUGGUGGUGAUUUAA